AUGUUAUUUCAUAGACUACCUCUUAGUAAAUUUCGUAGGCCUCCUAAAUGGUACAAUAUACUUAAAUCUCAAUUAUGUCAACCACAAACAAAUUUUUUAAACAAUAUAUCAAAUUUACCUCACACCAAUCCAUUCAUUUUCCCUUCCUUAUACACACCUCCAACUGACAUGAGACACAAACCUAUAAUAGCAUCCAUAAUAAACUCUGAUCUCAUAAUAGCCAAGCAUAUAUCAUCUACAUUGUACAGACAUUAUAUAUUGAAUAAUACAAAUACAAAUAUUAAUACAAUUUCACCAUGCACAGGAUGUCAAAGUGAACAAGGCCAAAGCAUGGCAACAAAAGACCAUGGUGUGAUUAAAUAUUGUGAUAUAGCUGUUUCAUAUGGAAAAUCUAAAUCUAGACUCCAAGCAAUUUUUUAUGGAGAGUUGCUCAUAUGGCCAUUUAAUAAAGGCAUCAUGCCACAUGUUAAAAAUGACCAUAUAAAAUUGGGAAAAGUAGGCAAAAACUCAAUAGAUAUGCUAAGAAAAACAUUAGGAAACAAUGACAUUGAAGUCAUUUUAAUGCAAUUUUAUGGCCAGUGA